CCCAUUCAUGCCAGUCUAGCAUGUCCAAGGCAGCUCUGAAGGCGCGGGCGCAGGUUGUGCGUAUCCUUGUGGCAGCGGGGAAAGCUGCACCGACGCCACCUGUUGGUCCUGCUCUUGGUGCCCGUGGAGUAAAAUCCAUGGAUUUUUGCAAGGAGUUCAACGCGCGAACGGCGCACAUCGAGCCUGGCGUGCCCACUCCCACCCUGAUUACGAUACAGCCCGAUCGCACAUUCUCCUUCAUAACGAAAACGCCCCCGACCGCCUAUUUCCUCAAGAAAGCGGCUGGGAUUGAAAGGGGUACAGGCCGACCCGGUCAUGACAUAGUGGGUACCGUCAGUCUAAAGCACGUGUACGAGAUCGCGAAAAUCAAAGCCACGGACGAGCACCUGAAACAUCUGCGGCUGGAGGCUAUCGCGAGUACGAUCGUUGGAACAGCGAGGACUCUCGGGAUCCAGGUUGUUCCAUGAUCCGUCCUGAACCCUGUGCGGGUGCCCGCUUCACGUUGUACAGAAACGGCGUGCCUGAUUAUGGGUGGUUGUCCCUGUCUGCCGACACUUGAGGACAGAAUGCCAUAUAGGUCAGUAGAGCCUUGGCUCGCCAGUGACUUCGAUCCCUGAGACUACUGGUAGUGCAUAUGUACCUCUGUCAUCAGUGCAAUGCCAAGGUCUUCGGAUUAUAAUCUCAGAGAUGAACGGAUUGUAACAUCGUAUUUGCUGCUGAUUGCACCCGGUUUCCCUUUCGGAUGGGACGCCCUGUGAUUCGGG